GGGGAGGUGGCGGCGGCGGCGAUGGCGGAGCUGCGCGCAGCGGCCGCGGGCCCCGGCCCGGUGGCGGCAGCGGCGGUAGCGGCAGCGCUGCCAGGCCCCAUGGCUCUGCCCGCUGCUCCCGGUGCUGCCCCGGCCCUGCCUUCACCGGCGGCGGGUGGUGGGGCGGGUCCAGGCCCGGGGGCGGGCGCAGCGGCGGCGGCGGCGGCGGGGGGCGGCGGCGGCGGCGGUUCCGGGGCGGGAGGCGCCGGGUCCGGUUCGGCCCGUGAGGGCUGGCUCUUCAAGUGGACCAACUACAUCAAGGGCUACCAGCGCCGCUGGUUCGUGCUCAGUAACGGCCUCCUCAGCUACUACCGGUCCAAGGCGGAGAUGCGGCACACCUGCCGCGGCACCAUCAACCUGGCUACGGCCAACAUCACCGUGGAGGACUCCUGCAACUUCAUCAUCUCCAACGGCGGGGCUCAGACCUACCACCUGAAAGCCAGCUCGGAGGUGGAACGGCAACGCUGGGUCACUGCCCUAGAGCUGGCCAAGGCCAAAGCUGUCAAGAUGCUGGAGGAAUCAGAUGACUCCGGCGACGAGUCGGUAUCGCAGACGGAUAAGACGGAGCUGCAGAGCACGCUGCGCACCCUGUCCAGCAAGGUGGAGGAUCUGAGCACCUGCAACGACCUGAUUGCUAAGCACGGCACGGCCCUGCAGCGCUCCCUCAGCGAGCUGGAGACCCUCCGGCUGCCGGCCGAGAGCACCGAGAAGAUCAAGCAGGUGAACGAGCGAGCCACCCUCUUCCGCAUCACCUCCAACGCCAUGAUCAACGCCUGCCGGGAUUUUCUGAUGCUGGCCCAGACCCACAGCAAGAAGUGGCAGAAAUCGUUGCAGCACGAACGGGACCAGCGCAUCCGGCUGGAGGAGACGCUGGAGCAGCUGGCCAAGCAGCACAACCACCUGGAGAGGGCCUUCCGCGGCGCUACCGUCCUGCCCGCCAGCGCGCCCGGCACCGGCGGCUCCACCAAAGAUCCGUGCUGCCCUGCAAAAGGAGACCUGAGCGACGAGGACGAUGACAACGAGUUCUUUGACGCCCCGGAGAUCAUCACCUUGCCGGAGAGCAUGGGCCACAAGCGCACCGGCAGCAACAUCAGUGGCACCAGCAGCGACAUCAGCCUAGAUGAGCAGUACAAGCACCAGGUAGAGGACACCAAGAAGGAAAAGAGAACCCGCAUUCCCUACAAACCCAACUACAGCCUCAACCUCUGGAGCAUCAUGAAAAACUGCAUCGGGAAGGAGCUGUCCAAGAUCCCCAUGCCGGUGAACUUCAACGAGCCCCUGUCCAUGCUGCAGCGUCUGACUGAGGACUUGGAGUACCAUGAGCUGCUCGACCGGGCGGCCAAGUGCGAGAGUUCGUUGGAGCAGCUGUGCUACGUGGCCGCCUUCACCGUUUCAUCCUAUUCCACCACCGUCUUCCGCACCAGCAAGCCCUUCAACCCCCUCCUGGGGGAGACCUUUGAGCUGGAUCGCCUGGAGGAGAACGGCUACCGCUCCCUCUGCGAGCAGGUGAGCCACCACCCACCGGCCGCUGCCCACCACGCCGACUCCAAGCACGGCUGGACGCUUCGCCAGGAAAUCAAAAUCACCAGCAAGUUUCGGGGCAAAUACCUCUCCAUCAUGCCUCUGGGUACCAUCCACUGCGUCUUCCACUCCUCCGGCAACCACUACACGUGGAAAAAGGUCACGACCACCGUGCACAACAUCAUCGUGGGCAAGCUCUGGAUAGACCAGUCGGGUGAAAUUGAGAUCAUCAAUCACAAGACGGGCGACAAGUGCAACCUCAAGUUCGUUCCUUACAGCUACUUCUCACGGGACGUGGCGAGGAAGGUCACCGGGGAGGUGACAGACCCCUCGGGGAAGGUGCAUUUUGUCCUGUUGGGCACCUGGGAUGAGAAGAUGGACUGCUACAAGGUGACGCUGGGCGCUGGGGACAACGGAGCGGAAGGGCGGCAGAGGGCCCACGAGGCCGAGGACAGCCGGGUGCUGCUGUGGAAGAGGAACCCGCUCCCGAAGUACGCAGAAAACAUGUACUACUUUUCGGAGCUGGCGUUGACGCUCAACGCCCCGGAGAGCGGCACAGCGCCCACGGACAGCCGUCGGCGCCCGGACCAGCGCCUGAUGGAGAACGGCCGCUGGGACGAGGCCAACGCCGAGAAACAACGACUGGAGGAGAAGCAACGUAUCUCCCGCAAGAGACGCGAAGCCGAGGCCGCCAGGGCCACCGAGGACGGCACCCCCUACGAUCCCUACAAGCCGCUGUGGUUCGAGCGCAAGAAGGACCCCGUCACCCAGGAGUUGGCGCACGUCUACAAGGGCGGCUACUGGGAGAGCAAAGAGAAGCAGGACUGGACCUUGUGCCCGGACAUUUUCUGAGCCGGCGGGGAGGAGCGGCGGUGAAGGGGGGGGGGGGGGGGGGAGCAAAGGCCAGCCGGCUUGCCAGGGGAGCCGCGCCGUGCCGGGCUGGCACCUCCUGGCGCUUGCCACAGCCUCCCCCAGCCCCCCGCAAUCUGUCCGUCUGUCUUAACCGCCCGUCUGUCCACACGCGUUGGCGCCGGCCGCGCUCGCCCGCCGGGAUUGCCUUAGCCCAUCCGAACUGACCUUGAUGCCGCCGGGGUGGGGAGCGGGAGCCGCCACGGCCCCCCCCCACCCACCCGUUUGUGGGUGGGAGGGGGUUCCCCUUCAUCCCAUACCCGCCCCGGUCCCCCCCGCCCCUUCCCCGGCGCAGGAGAGACGGUGCCCCUGGCGCAGCCCCCCCCCCGGGGCCGGGGGUCAGCGUGGGCCCCGGGGAGGGCAGGGGCCGGCUCUGCCCCGGCGGUGGGUGCAGCGGGGCGAGCCCGAGGCUGGCCUUGGUCUCUUCCCCCCCCCCUUUAUGGUGGUUUUUGGUUUUUUGUUUUUUUUUUUUUUUUUUUAAUUUCCCCUUCACCCCCCCCCAGGCAUUCGGGUGCUCUUGGGGUGCAAGGGGGGCCAGACUCCGCCCCACAGCCUCUUCUAUAGGUGUAUAUUAUAUAUAUGUAGAGAGUGACUCGGGGUCCCCUUCUCCCCCUGCCUGCGCCCCCUCCCCAGGAUGGGGUACCCCGUCCCCAGCCUCCCCGGGGUGUGUCCCCCCCCGCCGUGGGGCUCCCCCUCGAGGUGCCUUCCCUGUAGGUUGUUUAGGGCGGGGGGGGAGGUCCUGGGUUUCGGGGGGGGGGGUUCUCCCAUCCAUCUCUGGGGAGCAGCAGGCCCCUGCACCCCCAAACACUACAGGGGCCGGGAGAUGCGCUGUGGGGGGAGGCUGCGGGGGUCUCUGCACCCCCAAACCUGAAACGUGGGGGUGUAUGAUGCCUUUGUUUUUCUCCCCCUCCAGGAAAACAACUAAAUUAAAAUCUGUGAAUGCCCCA